AUGAACUUUUAUUCUAAGGAAGAGACUCCGUUCCUACCAAGGAAUAAAAUUCUUGAACUUCUGAUGCAUUUUAGGAGAACACCCCCGUGCUGGGACACAAGUAAGAAAAGAGGUAGUAAAACUGAAAGAGGCGCAAGCAAGGCACGAGUAUCUCCUGAAUCUCACAAGUCCGAUUUAGAAGGCAGCUCAAGGCAGGAGAUGGAAAAUAAAAAGCACAAACCUUCCAUAUGUACUAUAUGUGACCCAGAACUUAAUUCAGGACUCGAGGAUACAUCACUAGAGAGUCUGCCUUCUAUUCGUCGGUGGCCGUAUGACUGGGGUCUCGUAUCCCUGGAUGCUAGAAGAGAUAUGUUCAGGUCACGUGGUUACCCCUUACCAGUUUUGGAGGACAAUGGCAAGCGUCUGCGUUAUAGUUUUGAGGAGGAAUUUAGUGAAGAUAUCUGGAACAAAGUCACGAAAAGAGCAGCUUCAAAUAUGUCUCGAGUUGUUGUAGCACUUGCUUCAUUCAGAGGAGAAGCGAGGCUUUUUGCUUGCACAGGUGUAUUCAUAGACUGCAAUCGGUUCACCACAAGAGUUCUGACCUCAGGAAAUUUGAUUAGAAGUAAUGACGAUGAAAGCAAGGUUGCUGAUAACUUAAAGAUUGAAGUGCACCUUCCAGAUAAGCGACAUGUCCCAGGGAUGUUGCAACAUUACGAUCUGCAUUAUAAUGUCGCCGUCAUCAUCAUAAAUAAAUUUCGCUGUACUCGGACAGCAAUUAUUGACAAUAAGGUGAAAACUGGCACUCAUUCGGAGGUAUUAGCCAUAGGGCGUGUCUAUGAAUCAGGAAAAUUAAUGGCUGCAAGUGGGGUAGUGAUCAACAAAGAAAAUGAACUUGACUGUAAAGAUCUUAGGAUCUCCACUUGUCAAAUCACAAAGGCUGGGAUUGGAGGCCCUCUUAUAGAUUCUAAUGCGAACUUUAUUGGGAUGAACUUCUAUGGCUUGGAAGAAACUCCCUACACACCACGGGAUACAAUUCUGAAACUCUUGGAGAAUUUUGAUGCAGAAGGUUUCUUUUGGUUUAUGUGUAGGACUGCUGACAAUAUUACAACAGUUCCUAGCCCAAACAGAUGGCAUGUGCCUAAGCCAUAUUGGUGCUAUCCUUCGUGGCAUGAACGAAAGGAGGGAACAGAUUUACUGGAAUUUCUUGAUCAAGAAUUCCGCUAUGACUAA